UUGCUUUCCUAUGCUUCCUCUCUUGAGGCAUUUUUUUUUCUUCUUUCUUUUCUUCUUGCUGCCUUCCUUCCUUCCUUUCCUUUCCGGCUGCCGACGACAAAAUGAUAAGCGUUGGUACGUGCUGGGUGUGAGCUAUUGUUGGAAGUCGCCUGAUUGAUGAGCAAGCGAAGUGACAUCGAGCACCAAACCCCGGGAUAGCAAGAUGGAUGCGAUUCUACAGACGUGAAAGAUCGUCGGGGUCAUUAGCAUGCCAUUGGACAUGCCGUGGGAUGAUGGGUGGUGGGAGCAAAAGAUGACGCAGCGAUGCAAAGCUGCGUGCAGUGACUGAAUCCAUACACAGGUAUGUACAUAGGUAGAAGAGGGAUCCCAAUGCACGGUCAAUGAAUGAUACAUCUGCGACGUCGAGGCUGGAUACUUUUCUAUCGCGGCCAACCACACAGACGGAGCGGACAGCGAGGCGGGCGGGCACAGGAGACAGAGGUCGGCGUGGUGCGGGCCUACGUAAUAGUGGUUCGCUCCCGAACGGCGACGAGGUGGGAGGUGUAUGGCUGCAGCAGCACAGCAGGCUAUGCCUAGAUGGCGGCUGUCAGGGGCCUGGCCUGCUGCGCUUACAAGACUCUGGAUGGCUGCGAAAGGGUCAUGUGCAGCCCGAAACCCACUACAAGCUGUACCCGUUGACGGCGGAGCUCCGGGUGGAUGCCAGCGACUGCUGCUGUCCUGGUGCAUCCAUGUCCUGCGCUGGUAGCGGUGCGCCCGUCGCAGAGCCUCGAGCGCUGAAGAGCGGACGGCUUGACCGAGCUGGCCGUUCCCUCUAGUGAGAUUGAUCAUUGAUGUUCUUGUACAGGCGAUGGAUGAUGC